UGCAGGUUAAAUUUCCGUCCUCCAGUCCAGCGGGUGGCGCUGUGCUUCUUGUCUCCGUUCCGUCUGUUACCAGUGUAAAAGAAGAAGGAGGCCUAUUUUAAUUUCUCGUCUUCUGGUUGUUAAGUCGCAGAAAGUCGCUGGUUUGACAUCGAGCUCAUGUCGAAGGACGCCCGGCACGAUGGUCGCCGGCGCGGCGCUGGUCAGCAACACCGGCUCGGACUGAGGGCGGGUCCGAGCGUGGACGGGAGAGACAGGUCGGGCAGUAACAGCUCCGGAUCUUCUCACGGAGGAGGGAAAAGCAGGAAUACGCCCAUCAACAUCGCACUAAAGGCCUCUUUCCAGCGGUCCAACAGUCAUGACAAGGUGAGGAAGAUUGUGGCAGAGGAAGGGCGUGCUGCUCGCAACCUUAUUGCCUGGAGUGUCCCGGUGGAGAACAAGGAGGAAGAGGGUAAAUCAAAACAUCACAUUAACAGCAACGCACGAGCUCAGCGAAUCAAUGCAGGACUCCAGAGGAAUAAAAAACAGAACACAGCCCUGGACUGUAAACUCGCACCUGGGUCGAUUUUGGACAAAGGAGCCGAGAAGAGCCCCACCAAAACCAGACAGCCACGGAAAGUGGACCUCAGAGCACGAUAUUGGGCCUUCCUGUUCGAUAACCUGCGCAGGGCGGUGGACGAGAUUUACGUCACCUGCGAAUCUGACCAGAGUGUUGUGGAGUGUAAGGAGGUGCUGAUGAUGUUGGAUAACUACGUCAGAGAUUUCAAAGCUCUGAUCGAUUGGAUCCAACUCCAAGAGAAGCUGGAAAAAACAGAUGCUCAGAACAGGCCUACAUCUUUGGCCUGGGAAGUUCGAAAGAUGUCACCAGGACGGCAUGUGAUGUCAAGCCCAUCAUCAGAGCGGAUUGUUCCAUCACCUGGCGUUCGCCGUGCACUCAAUUUUGGUGGUCCUCCACCCACCCUGGCCGUGGCACGUCUUUCCCACACUGGACCCAGUUGGGCCGAUCGAGUCAAGUCGUCCCAGUCACUUCCGGUCCCCAGUCAAAACAGCAACAUCCCUACUGAAAAACCAGCCAAAAAAGAUGCAGAGGGCUGGGAGACGGUGCAGCGUGGGCGCUCAAUGAGACCUCGCUCCAUUGCUAUGGUGGCCAAGGUUACCCCCGUACUGGCCAAAGUGAGCCCCAAAGAUGACAGCAACAAGGAGAACCAGCAGCUUCAGCCAUCACCCCCGGACAAACCUCUGGAGGUGGGGAAACAAGAGCAACCUCUUCCCCAGGAGCAGAGCCAGGAGGAGGAGAAGACCCCCAUCAUCGAGCCCCAAGCAGAAAAUGUUGAAGAGCCAGAGCAGAGCAACAGCACCCCCUCCGAGGACACGUCACCCCCCGUGUCCGACCCCACGCCACCCCCUACUACUCUUCCUCUGCAGGUCCAAAGCACGGUUCUUGCCUCCGCUCCAGAUCCUACUCCCCCAGUCAAUUCCCAACCAGAGGAGGCAGGCACUGGCCAGGCUGGAGGGGAAGAGGGGAUGGAGGGGUUGUCGUGGAAGGUCACGGCACCAUUGGAAGAGGCAGCGGCAGUGGUCCACGUUCCCCUGGCAGUGAAACUGGAGAGCAUGCUGGACCCCACAGAACUUUCCACCCCCCAGUCUAUGGCUGAGGUCCUUGCUAAGAAGGAGGAACUGGCCGAUCGCCUGGAAAAAGCCAACGAAGAGGCGAUCGCAAGUGCCAUCGCUGAGGAAGAACAGCUGACGCGGGAGAUCCAGGCGGAAAACAACAAACUGGAGACGGAAAACGAAUGUGACUUCUCGGCAAGUAUUGGAAGUGGAAGUUGUGGCCUGAACUUGGACUGGAGCGAGAUGCUAGCUGAUUAUGAUGCUCGGGAACCUUGGCGUCAGAGCACCUCGUGGGGUGACAUAGUGGAAGAAGAGCCAGCACGCCCGCCCGGCCACGGCAUUCACAUGCAUGAGAAACUCUCUUCUCCUUCACGCAAACGAACCAUUGCGGAGUCGAAGAAAAAACAUGAAGAAAAGCAACUGAAAGCCCAGCAGCUCCGAGACAAGCUCAGAGAGGAGAAGACGCACAAACUGCAGAAACUUAUGGAAAGAGAGAAAGAAGUGAGGAAAUGGAAAGAGGAGCUGUUGGAUCAGAGGAGAAAGAUGAUGGAUGAAAAGCUGCUUCAUGCCGAAUUCAAGCGAGAGCUUCAGCUCCAGGCAAUUGUGAAGAAAGCACAAGAGGAGGAAGCAAAGGUAAAUGAGAUCGCUUUUAUCAACACUCUCGAAGCACAGAAUAAGAGGCAUGAUGUGCUGGCUAAGCUAAACGAAUACGAACAACGACUCAAUGAGCUACAGGAGGAACGUCAGCGGAGACAGGAGGAAAAACAGGCCAGGGAUGAAGCCGUCCAGGAGCGCAAGCGGGCUCUGGAAGCGGAGCGGCAGGCCCGUGUGGAGGAGCUUCUGAUGAGGAGGCGAGAACAGGAGGCGAGAAUCGAACAGCAGCGGCAAGAAAAGGAGCGAGCGAGGGAAGAUGCUGCGCGGGAGAGAGCCAGAGACCGUGAAGAGCGUCUGGCUGCUCUCAGUGCAGCUCAACAGGAGGCCAUGGAGGAACUACAGAAAAAAAUCCAGAUGAAGCAUGAUGAGAGCAGCCGUAGACACAUGGAACAGAUCGAGCAGAGGAAAGAGAAGGCAGCUGAGCUGAGCAGCGGCAGACACGCUAACACAGACUACGCACCCAAACUCACACCUUACGAACGGAAGAAACAAUGCUCGCUCUGUAACGUUGUGAUCACCUCUGAAGUCCACCUGUUCAGUCACAUUAAGGGGAAGGGGCACCAGCAGGCGGUUCGAGACAGCAGCAGCAUUCAGGGGCGGGAGCUCUCUGAUGAGGAGGUGGAACACCUGUCUUUGAAGAAAUACAUUGUUGACAUAGUGACGGACAGCAGUGUGCCCAUCGACAACGCCAAAGAUGGAGAAGAGAGGCAGAAAGCUCGGAAAAAGGCCAAGAAACUGCGAGCUCGCAUGAACUCAAGGGCCAAGGAGUAUGAGACGUGCAUGGAGGCUAAGACGCAGGUCUCUGAUUCUCCUUACAAGGCGAAGCUUCAGCGCUCAGUGAAGGAUCUUUUGAAACAGCUGCAGGGACAAGACAGUGGCCAGUGGGCCAGUAACAAAGUGUCCGGCCUGGACAGAACCCUGGGAGAAAUCUCACGCAUUUUAGAGAAACAGAAUAACGCUGAUCAGGUAGCGUUUCAGGUAGGAGGGGGGUUGUCUGCUCUGGAACAGAUCCUACAGGUUAUCACCACCGUUUCCAAUCCCACCACGGUCCCCCGUAUUCCUCUCAAGUCCCUCUGCACUGCCAUGAACACGUAUUACCUGUCCUGUGCACACUGCCACAUCAACUGUUCCUAUGUACUUUACAGCAACAAAAUCACCUUUCUCAUGGAUCUACUGCUUCAUCAGUUAACGCUGUAUGUGCCGGAUGAGGACAAGACCAUCUUUGGUCGUAGCGUGAAUAAACAGAUCUAUGAGGGUUUGGUGACUGCUCUUCUGCAGACGGUCGCUACAGUCCUGGGCCAGCUGCGGCUGCCGAAUUUCGACGGAGAUGCACGAAUUUGCAGUCCGGAUACCAAGAGCAAACCGGUCGCUAGUGAGAACUUCAAUACACGUGUACAUGAUCUCAUCAGCUAUGUGGUGAACAUGGGCUUGAUCGACAAGCUGUACGGCUGUUUCUUGUCCGUCCAAGGACCAAUUGAUGAGAUUCCCAAGAUGGCCGCCUUUCUGGAACAAGCCACAGCUUUUCUUCAUGGGAUGUGUAAGCUGUGUUUUACUGUAACUAGUCGUUCCCUGAGUGUCUUCGACAACAAACGUCAAGAUCCCACCGGCUUGUCGGCCCUCCUGCAGAGCACCGACCUGGUGGGCGUCCUUCACAUGCUGUACUGCAUCCUGCUGCACAGUGCCCCACCUGAACCUCUCUCUGGUGGACCCGAGGGCCCCCAGGGACCUUAUAGCCCCUCUGUCAUCCAGGUGGCCCUCCAGGGGCUGCGCUUCCUCAACACCUUUGCCCUGCUGGACCUCUCAGCCUUUCAGUCUGUUUUAGGAGCGGAGGGUCUCUCUCUGGCCUACAGACACAUUGUGAGCUCUCUACUUUGGUUCUGCUCUCAACACAGCUCUGAAGAUCUUCUCCAUGAACUUAUCAUCUGUGUGGGUUACUUCACGGUCAACCACCCAGACAAUCAGGUGAUCGUGCAGUCUGGCCGGCAGCCCAGCGUGCUGCAGAAACUGUGUCAGCUGCCGUUCCAGUAUUUCAGCCACCCGCGACUCAUCCGAGUGCUCUUCCCAUCGCUUAUCUGCGCAUGCUACAAUAACCUGCAGAACAAAGUCAUCCUGCAACAAGAAAUGAGCUGUGUGCUGCUGGCCACUUUUAUACAGGACUGUGCCACCAGCGACAGCCAAUCGGACAGCAGGGCUUCACAACCAGUUACAAAGCUCUAUCUUUCUCCAUCAGACAAGGGCUGGGCUCCUCUGGACUACUGCGACCUCUCCAACCGAUUCCCAAGAGAUCAAUGGGACGCCGCACUACAGUUCUUCCUCAAGAAGCAGGAGGAGUGAGAUAGGUAGUAAACCCUGCAAUACAAAAAGUGUACUGGAAGGGAUUCAUGGCACAAACAAAAAAUCUUGUAAUCAGACUAACCAAUAACUUUAGUUUGGGCUAAAAUAAAUCUUUAGUCUGAUAUGCGGAUACUGCACAUAAAUAUCGUUUCACUUUAAAGAACUUCAACUGACCAUUUGCGCAAAUACUUAUGAGCAAUAGACCAUGUUUACAAAUAGAUGGUGUUUUUUUUGCCUUCGUGAUGAUAAUGAAGAGAUGUACAGCAUGAAAAUCUUUCUAAACUUUCGAUUUUGACUUUUGUGGGUGUGUGAUUGUUGUAUUGUUUUGUAAAUAAAUAAAAAAAGCAUUCGGACAGUGACGUACAGUAGAAUAAACAUAAGCUCUUAUUUAAUUUAUAUACUGUAGAAUGACGAGUUACCUCAUCUGUUAAAAUGCAUAGAAAGGAAAACGAUGUCCUGUUGCUGACAUAUUAUUCUUUUUGUUAAAUAUGUUUGGUUGUUGUUUAGUUUCUUUCCUUUGUUUUUAUACUCUAAUUUAUACACCCUAAAAAUAUAUUCAGCACACUUUUUGCUCCUUUAUAGACGUGUUUGUGUCUGAGCAUUGAAGCACUUAAAAAGAGUUUGAUUGGAGAAAACUGUGUAUGUCCCUUGACAACUUUAAUAAAAUAUUUAAUAAUGCA